AACAGUAACCUUACCAAAUUUAUAAAAUUAACCCCAAAAUGGGGAAGGUUUUGUCAAGUAUAAAACAUCCGUUUCGUAAUUUUAAUUUAGAGGAUAGAGCUCAUAAAAUCAUAGGUCAAUCUAAACCUAUACCUGCACCAAGACAUGCUAAAGAUGAAAUUGAUAUACAAAGACUGAAAGAAGACUACUCUGAAGCGUUCGAAGAGAGUUUAAAGAAAAACGAGCAACUAGAUAAGCAUCUCAAAGAUGUAUAUGUAGUGUCCAAUGACAGGGUCCACGACUGGAAAAUAAAGGAAAACCCAGACAGGCCUUUACCAAAAGACAGAACUCAAUCUGGACCAUUUUUAUUUGGUCAUAAAGACCCAGACAGAGUACCAAUAGGUAAAGUAAUUCUCAAAGAUGCUCUAACUUUUAUAUCUCAACAUCAAAAUGACCCCAAAACUCAUUCGCCCAGUAAAAUUGCUGAAGAUUAUAAACUUUCAAAGGAAACAGUCGAGAAUGUUUUAAAAUAUUAUAGGAUUUUCGAAAUAUAUCUCCCUGAUAAAAAAACAAAUGCAAAAUUCGCUGGUCCUAGUAUUCCUGAAAGUUACAAACUGACAAGUUUGGAGAGAUUUUUGCCCCCACCAGUAAAAAAUAAGAAGGAUGAAAGCUGAAACUGCUGUCUGUAGAUUUGUAAUAGCAAGAUGAAAAUUAUUAUUUAUUAGAAUUCGAAUUAGU